AUCAUUGAUAAGAUACUUAAUUGUAUUUAAGAGAGAGCCCGUGGCCUUUCUCAAGUUUUCAAGAUGGCAUGGCCGCCAGUUAUACAUAUAAGUUUUAUAUUAUCAAUACUCUAUUUGAAGGGUGCCAGCGGACAACAGAAUGGAUUCCCCAAUCAAGUUAACGCACAUACACCACUUGGAUCUCCUUUACCAAAAAAUUUAAAUCGUAUGUCUAAAUGUCCGUUCCAUCAAAAAUUAUUGAACGGAAAGUUAUAUGGAAAUUUACAACCGCCAGUAAACUUACAACAGCAGCAACUAAAUUUACAGCAAGCAGCACUCCAACAACAGUUAAACAUACAACAGGCGAAUUUACAACAAGGAAUGAAUAUUCCUCAAGCCAACUUGGCACAGGUGAAUAUGCCACCAAAUUUUAACCAACUGAAUUUACAACAAGGAAACGUGCAACAACUGGGCCUUCAACAAAUGGGGAAUUUGCCGCAGCUUAACCUGCAACCAGGAAAUUCACAGCAAUUAAAUUUGCAACAAUUAACUCCAAAUUUACCACUUGGUCUACAAACAAAUAAUUUUCAGCAAAGUUUUCCUCCUUCUCUAUCCAGUUUACAGUUAGCUAAUAAUCACGUACCUGACAUUUCUGUAGCUUCUUCGCCUAUGCAAAAUAACCAAUUUUCUAAUAUUCCCCCUCACAUUCCACAACAAUUGUCUGAUGCUGGUAGGUCAGCUCAAAUUGCGUCAUCGAUGCCAUGUAAUUUUAAUCUGCCGACCCAAUCAGUACCUAUGGGCUAUACAACUAAUCAACCUGUCCUCAAUCCAUCGCCUUUUACGGCAAUAUCGGAUUUAGGUACAAUAAAUAACCAACAAUAUGCACUUGUGGCAGUGCCUAUACAGAACCAAAGAUCUGUUAAUGUAGUACAGCCUAAUAUUCCAAAUCCAAUCUCGGGAACUCCAAAUCAAGUCACUAUUAUAAAGUCAGUGCAACCCCAGGGAUAUUUUGAUCCAAUCGUUCCCACUCCAGAGUUAGAUCAAAAUAAACUAUCACUGAUAUCUUCCUUGAUCUCAGACACAGCUCCAGCUCAAUUCACACCGGGCUCGCUACUAAAUGGUAAUUCGAUUUUGGGUGCAGCCUUAUCCAAAUCAGGGUCCAAAUCAUCCAACUUACAAGCAUUGCUCCCUCUCAUAUUUAAUUUGUUGAAAGAGAAAAACAAUGGAUGCACAUGCCAUCACUGCGGAUGCACGAACAACAAACAACCACAAAUAUUCAGUGGAUAUGCUAAUUCAAACAAUAACAGUGAGGAGUCUACGUCGGAGACCUCGGAUAGUAACGAUGAUGUUGAAGAAACUACAGAAAGUCCAGAAGCGAUGACUGAAGCUCCUGAGCACCAGAAAUCUAUAAAAGAGAACACAAUAAACAAUACUGACAGCAGGGAACAAGAAUUAGGCAAUGAUUCAGAUAACUAUGAUGACGAAGAAUAAUUUCAAAUGUUAUUUAAUGAGAAUCAGUGAUAUUAAAUUUAAUAAUUUAAUUUUAGAUUAAAGUUUACGCAUAUUUUUUGUACA